AGACCGCCGGGGCGUGUCCUCUCGUCACCUUCGCCCCCUCCGCCUCCCCCACCUCUCCGACAUGGAUUCAGAGUCCAGUGAGACCACGACCACCGUCUUCGUCUCGAACAUGCACUGCGGAAGCUGCGUGAAGACCAUCCAGGACGCGUUGGCCGCGCUAUCCCCCGCCCCCUCCGUCGUCGACGUGUCCAUAGUCACCCAGUCCGUCACCGUCAAGCACCCCCGCACGCUCAGCCUUGAAGAUAUCAAGUCCGCCCUCGACACCGCAGGCUACGACGUCCUAUCAACCCCCACAGAUAAGAGCUCGUCGUACCCCCCGCUCUCGUGGUCGGGCAGUCUCGCCCGACUGUCCGCUUUCCCGACCUCGAACCGGAUGAAGCAUUUCGACAACUGCGACCAGU